ACUGAAUCAUCAUUUUUAAUCAUUUCUACUUCUGCAUUUGUUAAAUUUAUAAUCUGAAUUUUAUGUAAGAUAUUUAAAAUAAUGAAUUUUUCACAACGCUAUAACGUUAUUACAUUGAGAAAACCUAAAAAUGACGUAAACUAAACGUGGAAUUGUAAUUGAUUGUAAUUGGUACAUAAAUGACAGUUUCAUAGGUUAUGUAUCUGCUCAACAACUCAAAUAUCACAUGAGAAAAAGGAUGGUUAAGGCAAAUGGACAAAUAUUUUAGCACAGUGGUAAUAUACAUAUAUUAGGCUAACUUAAUACGACUUAAAAUUAAAAACAUUAUUAUUUACAAGUAAUUCCUUUUGAAUAAAUAUAAUUUAAAUAUUAUUAUAUCUUUGAUUACAUUGAUUAUAUUGAAUUUCAUUAUCAUGGAAAGUGAACGAGUAAGUUUGACUAAUGAUUAUACAGAAGUAAUACAACGUCUUCCUAUUUCAUUAAGACUAGCAUAUGGUAUAGGACACAUUUUAAAUGAUAUUUGUGCUUCUAUGUGGUUCACAUAUUUAUUAGUGUAUUUUCACUUGGUAUUGGGUUUUAAUGCAACAUUGGCUGGAGUAAUUUUACUUAUUGGACAAGUAGCGGAUGCUUUAGCCACUCCGUUUGUUGGAUUUUAUUCUGAUAAAUAUGAUGAAUUGUGGUUCUGUAAAUAUGGAAGGAGGAAAACAUGGCAUUUAAUAGGCACACUUUGCGUAUUAUUUGCAUUUCCUUUUAUAUUUUCACCUUGUAUUGGAUGCGAAAAUUCUCACAAGUGGGCUCAAUUAAUUUAUUAUGCAACAUUUGUUGUAAUUUUUCAAUUUGGUUGGGCUGCAGUACAAAUAUCUCAUUUAUCAUUGGUCCCAGAACUUACACCAACUGAAUAUGAAAGAUCAGAACUCAUAGCUAUCAGAUAUAGCUUCACUGUCCUCUCAAAUAUUUUUGUUUAUUGCAUCGCUUGGGCUGUAUUUCAUAUAACAAAUAACAAAGAUUCCAGUUCUCAAAUUGGUCCUAAUGAUGCAAAGAAAUUUCAAAAUAUUCUAUUCAUUGGAAUAGGAAUAGGAUCUAUAGCAUCCGUUCUUUUCCACAUCUUUAUUAAGGAAGGAGCUGUUAACAUCUCUAAUGGAUUAUUGCAGAGAAAUACACGCACAGUAUCAGUUUUAUUAACAGACAUACGUUUAUAUCAAGUAGCCUGUGUAUAUAUGUCUACACGUGCAUGUGUAAAUUUAUUACAAAUUUAUAUUCCUUUAUAUUUGCACAAAUCACUAAAUAUGCCAGCUACAUCUUUAGCUGUAAUACCUUUAGUAAUAUUUUUGAGUAGUUUUGCAAUGUCUUUAAUUAUUGAAAAGUUAAAUACAAAAGUAGGCAGAAAAAUUUCAUUUUGUUUUGGUGUUAUAUUAACCAUAUGUGCUUGCAUUUGGAUUCAAUUAGGUACAGACAUAACGUACACAAACUAUCAAAUCUAUGUAAUAUCUUUAUUGUUAGGAUCUGCAGGAUCUAUCAUAUUAGUGACCAGUCUUGGAGUUACUGCAGAUUAUAUUGGACAAAACACUGAUAGUGGUGGAUUUGUAUAUGGUAUAUUGAGUUUCACGGAUAAACUUUGCAAUGGAUUAGCAGUUAUAAUUAUUCAGUAUUUAGAAUCUUGGUUUAGUUCUACAAUUUUCUACAAAGAUGUUGUGGUUUAUGUUUGUGGUUCUUUUGCAGUCUUUGCUUUGUUAAUAAUAUUAUGGAUAAAACCAUUUUCUCACAGCACAGCAUAUACUGCAGUACCUUCAGACCAAACUGUACAACAUGAUAACACAUUCGUUUCCAUAGCAUCAUCAGAAAAUGAACCUGGCAACUUACUAGGACAAGAACUUGCCACAUAAUCUAGGAAAGAAAAUUCCAAUAUAACAAAAUUAAAUGUAAAACUAUGAAAUGCGUAUGAGCUGAAAUAUUUAUAUAUAAUUCAGUGUUAUCACUAGUUAUUUACAUACUAAAUAAGAUCUGUCUUAAUUCUAUUUUAAUAGCAUUAUAUAAAUAUUAAUUUUUUU